AUGGACGUCCGGUCGCAGACCUAUAUCAUGCCCGUCGAAUACUGCUGCGACAAGAUGAGUCUCGGCGCCUAUGACGCGGGCGUAGAGGCUGCCGACAAGCUCUUCCUUUCUCUCCCAAUGUCCGUGGACAGCCAGCUUGCCCGCGGCCUGUUUCAAGUGUUGAUUGAGGAAAGGAAGGUGGCUAUCAAAGCCCUUGCCGAAUCCGACGCAUACACCGUGACCGGACUGCGCUUUUCGGAAGGGAGCACUCUGGAGGCGGAUGCAAUCAUCUGA